CUCGCAGGCUUCCGUUUGAACUUCGCCGAUACUUGAAGUGAUGGCAGAGCUCCACAAACGUCGACGUGAGCUCGGCGGCAGAGACCCGUCACCCGAGGGAGCAUCCUCCAGAAUCGGAGGAGACACAUCCGGGGACAGCUCCGCAGUGUUUCUCAAACUCCUGGCUGCGGGGUUUUACGGAGUCAGUUCAUUUCUCAUCGUUGUUGUCAACAAAAGCGUCCUCACCGGCUACAGAUUUCCAUCGUCAACAUGUGUCGGAAUUGGCCAGAUGCUGGCCACAAUUGUAGUUCUGAGGACUGGGAAGAUGUUGGGCAUCAUCUCGUUUCCAGAUAUGGAUCCGAGUAUACCACGCAAGAUGUUCCCACUGCCUCUACUGUAUGUUGGGAAUCAAAUAUCGGGACUAUUUGGGACGCAGCGACUCAAUUUACCUAUGUUUACGGUUCUGAGGAGGUUCAGUAUUUUUCUUACCAUGGUGUUUGAGGGACUCUUGUUGAAAAAGACUUUUUCUAGGUCCGUUAAAAUGACAGUGUUUACCAUGAUCGCUGGCGCUUUUAUUGCUGCCAGCGCCGAUUUAGCUUUUGACCUGGAAGGAUACGUUUUCAUAAUGCUGAACAAUGUCCUGACAGCGGCCAGUGGGGCGUAUGUGAAGCAGAAACUUGACUCCAAGGAGCUGGGCAAAUAUGGGCUUCUAUACUACAACGCUUUGAUCAUGAUAUUCCCUACUCUGGCAUACGCUUGCUACUCAGGGGACUUGCAAAUGGGGUUGGAGUAUACUGGAUGGUCUGACCAGCUGUUCGGUGUGCAGUUUGUGCUCUCCUGUGUCAUGGGCUUUAUUUUAAUGUACUCCAUCAUGCUGUGCACGCAGUACAACUCAGCACUCACCACCUCCAUUGUGGGCUGUAUUAAGAAUAUUGUUGUGACCUACAUGGGAAUGGUGUUUGGUGGAGAUUACAUAUUCACCUGGACUAACUUUAUAGGUCUAAACAUCAGCAUUGCCGGGAGCCUGGUUUACUCCUACAUCGCCUUCACUCAGGAGCAAACAAAAAAGGUGUGAACCAGAGUCCCGACCCGACACUGAAGAACUAAGUACGUUCAGAACACAUUUUAAACUGCCUGUGUACCGUAUGUGGAUAUCUCUCUUUUUAAACCAUGCUGUUAACAUGUUUUACAAACACUUGUGUAUUUUCUGUAUUUUGUCAGCACACAAGUUUUUGUUGCCGUCAUGGGAAGUUAUUUUCUGCAACACUGUUAUCAGCUUUUAUGUCGAUAAUUAUGACAAAGUGCCUUAAGUUUUUUAUAAUUAUAUUUCAUUGAUGAAAAAUAAUGGAAUGAGCAUUUUUAUGUUUGAGAAACCAAUAAAAUGAA